AUGAAAUCGUCUUGCCCUUUUUCCUACAAGUGGUACAGCUCCUCCGAGAACUUCGAUAAACAUCUUCGGACUCCAUAUCCAUUUGAACCAGAUGAAUGGCUGGGAAAUCAGUUUUUACUUCUGGAGCACGAACAAGAGAUACCCGAUGACACUCACGACAGCCCAGAAGGCAUUCACAAUUUCUAUUCAGAUACGCAUGACGACUCUAAUACUUCGGAGAGUAAGAGCAUCAAUUAUCAUGAUCAAAAUUCCGAUAAUAAUUCAGAUCUGGAAUCCGAAUCAUAUUUUAUAAUGGAAGAGGCAGAUGGAGAUGCAAAUGGGCAUGAGGCAGCGACAAUGAUUUACGAGGGUACUGGGGAGUAUUUCUACUGCUCAAAAUCCUACGAUGAAUGCUCACAAAACCUUCUCUAA